GAUUGGAGCUUGGAGCUGGCGUCCCCUCCAAGGCGCCCGGUGCAUUGUGGGUGAGAACGAGCUGAACCGUUUCGGCGUUCCUGGCGAUGAAGCUGCUUCCCGGCUAGAAGCGCGCACAGACGUUUGAAUUAGCCUUGGCAGAAGAGAAAUGGAGGAGCCAUAGAAUAUUAAGGAUGAAUUCAGGAAGGCCCGAGACCAUGGAAAACCUGCCUGCACUCUAUUCUAUUUUUCAAGGAGAGGUUGCUAUGGUGACAGACUAUGGAGCUUUUAUCAAAAUCCCGGGCUGUCGGAAGCAAGGUCUGGUCCACCGAACUCACAUGUCAUCCUGUCGAGUGGAUAAGCCUUCUGACAUAGUAGAUGCUGGAGACAAAGUGUGGGUGAAGCUGAUUGGCCGAGAGAUGAAAAAUGAUAGAAUAAAAGUGUCCCUCUCCAUGAAAGUUGUCAACCAAGGAACUGGGAAAGACCUCGAUCCCAACAACGUUAUCAUUGAGCAAGAGGAGAGGCGGAGGCGGUCCUUCCAGGAUUACACUGGGCAGAAGAUCACCCUUGAGGCUGUCCUGAACACAACCUGCAAGAAGUGUGGCUGCAAAGGCCACUUUGCAAAAGACUGUUUCAUGCAGCCAGGUGGAACCAAGUAUUCUCUGAUCCCUGAGGAGGAAGAGGAAAAAGAAGAGGCAAAGGAAGAAGGAAUUGAGAAGCCUGACGCCACAAAGAAUUCUUCCAGGAAAAGAAAGAAGGAAAAGAAGAAAAAGAAACAUAGAGACAGGAAAUCAUCUGACUGUGAUAGCUCUGACUCUGAGAGUGAUGUGGGCAAGAAGGCGAGACAUACAUCAAAAGACAGCAAGGCUACAAAGAAGAAGAAGAAGAGGAAGAAACACAAGAAACACAGGGAAUGAGGGCGGGGUAGGCCCUGCAGUCCUGGCUCCUGAAAGACUCAG